AUGGCUUUGCUCGUUCGGCCCAUCAGCGCCCUCGAUCUGCUUGUCCUUUUGAUAUGCGUGUAUCUUGGGCGCCUGCUCAUUCUAGUGAGGCAUCAAAAGACUAAGACCUCCCGCCUCAGCGGUCCUCCAAGGAACAAUUGGCUAUUUGGUGCACAGCGAUACCUCUCGAAUAGUGACAAUGUGGGCCUCGAGUUCGCAAAAUGGGCCGCAGAAUAUGGACCUGUAUAUGAGAUCCCUACUGCACUGGGAUAUAGCAGGAUCAUCCUCACGGAUCCCAAAGCAAUAGCUCAUUUCUGCGCCCGGGACACGUUCACUUAUAUACGCGGAAAACAUAUGAAACGCAUGAUCGACUUGCUCCUUGGUCGUGGUCUCAUUUGGGCAGACGGCGAAAGUCACAGGAGACAGAGGAAGGCAGUCUCCUCAGCCUUCAGUAACGCCGCCAUCAGGAAGGUGACCUCAGUUUUCUUUGAUUCUGCCUACAAGGUUAAGGAAGUUUGGGACACUACUAUCGACUCUUCAUCCUCGGAUGAAGCUAUUAUCGAUGUACAACAUUGGAUGAACUGUGUUUCACUGGACAGCAUCGGCAUAGCCGGUUUUGGUCACAAUUUUGGCACCUUGCAAGGGAAGCGGUCAGUAGUUGCGGAAGUGUUCGACGCGUUCAACGACUUGAAGCCUUCUAUCCUCGAGAUCGUCAAUUUUCUCCUUGGGCCCAGAAUCCCCUUCCUGUCCAAGCUGCCGACAGAGCGCACCAAGCUCACGAAGCGAUGGAACGAGAGUGUCGCAGAAAUCGCUGAGGACAUGCUUGCGCGGACGAAGCAGACGUAUGGUGAGGACUCGAAGACGGAGGAGAAGUCUAUCAUUGGUCUUCUUCUCAAAGCGGAGAAUGCUGACACCGACUUAUAUAUUUACCCUGAGGAGGUCAUGGCCCAGAUGAAAGUACUGAUUUUCGCUGGAUAUGAAACUACCUCUAUCAGUCUUACGUGGGCCUUAAUCGAGCUGUGCAAGCACCCAGAAGCUCAAACAAAGCUGAGAGAGGAAUUGACGUCUCAAUUCGGUGCAUCCGAUCCUACCUGGGACCAGCUUAUGACCGAACUACCCUACCUCGACGGAGUAGUUCAUGAAAUCCUCCGACUCCACUCGCCAGUCGAGGAGGCUAUUCGUGAGGCUACAGAAGACGACGUGAUCCCACUGAGCACGCCCAUCACAGACACCUCAGGGAUCACAAUCGACCGCAUCACGGUAGCCAAAGGCACGCAGGUGUCCGUCCCGAUCACCUGCAUGAACUACUUGGAAUCCCUCUGGGGCCCCGAUGUAAGCGAGUUUAAGCCCGAAAGGUGGAUGAACGGGGUGGAAGGCCUGCCGCACAAAGUGCAAGAAGUUCAGGGAUACCGGCACUUGUUGUCGUUCAUGGACGGCCCGCGAAUCUGCCUUGGCAGAGGCUUCGCACUUGCCGAGUUCAAGGUCCGUGUCGUCUUACCUUGA